GCGUCACAUGACAGCGGUGACUGCGGGUCCGCUGCUGAGCGGGGCCCGGUGCGACAUAGCGGGGGGGUCCUUUGGUGCGUGGGCUCCUUGGGCUUGCCAAGGAGCCGCUGCGGCCUCCUUCCUCCCUCCCACGGCCUUCAUCCGCCGGCGUGCCCCUGGGGUGAGUGGCAGCUGCCGCGGGGACUGAGGUACGUUUUGAUUACAAAUUAAGAUGGAUAUCCGAGGUGCUGUAGAUGCUGCUGUCCCUACAAACAUCAUUGCGGCCAAAGCUGCUGAAGUUCGGGCAAACAAAGUAAACUGGCAGUCAUAUCUCCAAGGGCAGAUGAUUUCAGGUGAAGACUGUGAAUUUAUUCAAAGAUUUGAACAAAAAAGAAGUCCAGAAGAAAAACAGGAGUUGUUGCAAACAGAAGGCAAUCAAUGUGCUAAAACAUUUAUAAACUUGAUGACUCAUAUCUCCAAGGAACAGACGGUUCAGUACAUUCUGACUAUGGUUGAUGAUAUGCUGCAAGAAAAUCAUCAGCGUGUUUCUAUCUUCUUUGAUUAUGCAAAACGUGGCAAAAACACUGCAUGGUCCUAUUUUCUGCCGAUGUUGAAUCGACAAGAUCUUUUCACUGUGCAUAUGGCAGCAAGAAUUAUUGCCAAACUGGCUGCUUGGGGGAGGGAACUUAUGGAAGGCAGUGACUUGAAUUACUAUUUCAACUGGAUUAAAACUCAGCUCAGCUCACAGAAACUGCGUGGUACAGGGAGUUCUGUGGAAGCAGGAGCAGUCUCCACAACUGAUAGCUCCCAGUAUGUACAAUGUGUUGCUGGAUGUCUACAGCUGAUGCUCAGGGUCAAUGAGUAUCGCUUUGCGUGGGUAGAAGCAGAUGGAGUAAAUUGUAUCAUGGGGGUGUUGAGCAACAAAUGCGGAUUCCAGCUCCAGUAUCAGAUGAUUUUCUGUGUGUGGCUGCUGGCAUUUAGCCCUCAAAUGUGUGAAUAUCUCCGGCGGUAUAAUAUUGUUCCAGUGCUGUCAGAUAUUCUUCAGGAGUCUGUCAAAGAGAAAGUAACUAGAAUCAUCCUUGCAGCAUUUCGUAAUUUGUUAGAGAAAUCUACUGAGAGAGAAACUCGCCAAGAAUAUGCUCUUGCCAUGAUUCAGUGUAAAGUUUUGAAGCAGCUGGAGAAUCUGGAUCAGCAGAAAUAUGAUGAUGAAGACAUAAGUGAAGAUAUCAAAUUUCUACUGGACAAGCUUGGUGAGAGUGUGCAGGACCUUAGCUCCUUCGAUGAGUACAGUUCUGAGCUCAAGUCAGGAAGGCUGGAGUGGAGUCCUGUACACAAGUCUGAGAAGUUUUGGCGGGAGAAUGCUGUAAGACUAAAUGAGAAGAAUUAUGAGCUACUCAAAAUCCUGACAAAACUUCUGGAGGUUUCUGAUGACCCGCAAGUGCUGGCUGUAGCUGCUCAUGAUGUGGGAGAGUAUGUACGACACUAUCCCCGUGGGAAACGAGUGAUUGAACAACUUGGUGGUAAGCAGUUGGUAAUGAACCACAUGCAUCAUGAAGACCAGCAAGUUCGUUAUAAUGCACUACUGGCUGUGCAGAAGCUGAUGGUUCACAACUGGGAAUACCUUGGAAAGCAAUUGCAGUCAGAACAACCUCAAACGGCCACCGCACGGAGCUAAACACUUUCGUCAGUUCAUGCUUAUAACUACAGUAUGUUUGUCUUUAAAUUAAUAUCAAGGGAACAACGAAAUCACAUGUUCUUUGCCUGCUAUUAGCACAUAAACUUUCCAGCUUUCCUCUGGUGAUUUUGGCUUGGUAAAAAUCUCUUUGUUCAACUGGUUCUGAUGAUUAUGUGUAUUAGCUUCUUGUUAUAUUCUGAAUGUAUAUGAGGAAAUGUGGCUAAUAUAUUGUGUUGUUUAAUGUAUUUAUUCUCGUAAUAAAGAAUGUUAUUAAAGGAUAUUCAUUCCAUGUUAUAAUUGGCCUAGAAAAACUGUUCUUUCAAUGAGUUGUCAGUGUUAUCACUUCUCAAGAAAAGCAGGUAGUCCCUAUAUGUCUCCAGACAAAUUAAUAAAGCUUUUAUUUAGUGUUCCACAGGAAAUGCAAUAGCCCAAAAAGUAUUGGUUAUCAGUACUACAAAUACACAAAGUCUCAAAACAGUGUAUAAUUUUAUAUAAAAGCAAGCAUAUGGGUUUUUGGGGGAUGGGGUUAGAGACUACAUUAAGAAAAUCUGGACAUGAGAAAAGAAAAAGAAAACACUCCUGGUAAAUUUAAAAUUAUUAGUCAAGCUGUAUAACAUCAGCAUUAAGGCUGAGCAGAGAUCAGGGCUUCUGUCUGUGUUGUUUUGGUUUUUGGUUUUUGGGGUUUUUUUUAGUAACAUGUUCAGGAACUGAUAAACUUGGAAUUUCAUGGAGUGUUUUUGUUAUUGAAAAGACUUGUAAAUAUUCGGGUUCUGGGGUCAUUCUAAAAUCCAUUGUAUUUCCUUUAUAUAAGCCAAAUAAUUUGUUUGUUGAUAUUUUCUGUUUUGUAGCUCCUCAUAGUAAAAAAAAUGUAAACAUCAAUAAAUCAAAUAUGAUACUGGA